AUGGAGCAAGUAGCUGCAGUGGUGGAUUCGGAUUCGUUCCGCAAAUUGAAAGGAUAUGUGGGAGAACUGAAAUCCCACUAUCAACAUUUGCAUAAUUUGAAUACCAGCAAUGCUGCUGAUAUUCCGUUUAAAUGCUCCGAAUGUGGGUGUUUAUACACCCGGUUCAAAACAUUAAAGCGGCACAUAAUAAAGAACCAUCCUCCGGCAUCGGAAGGGGGAAAAGAACGAAAUGUUCAUGUGGGAGUAGAAUCCAUCGGGCCUGGCUCGCAUGCUUCAGAAGAAGCUGGCUUGCAACCAGAUUAUUCUAAAAUUUCGUACGAAAUGUUUUUUAAAAGUCCCAUAAACGUCGAACAACUAGCCGGAACCGUCAACAGUUUCAUCACCAAAAUGCGUUGCGAUGUUUCUGUUCCCGAAACUAAAAUUCAAGAAUUUGUUGAAGCUGCAUCUCAGCUUCUUGGGCAAUACGAGCUAUAUUUUAUGGGAAUCUUCAAGGCAUUCCUGAGAUUGAAAUUUAUUCCGUAUGACGACAUUCAUGCUGUGAAUACGGUGAACAACAUGUCCCCAAAAAGUGUUUUUUCGGAUGUUCGUACCCCGCAAGACAAUCUGGCCCACCUGUCCAAGAUUGCUAAGUAUGCCAUCCCACUUGCGAGGGAAGUGAUUUUGGGCCGAAGCAGAAUAACCACCACAACUCAAAAUCCUCCGAAAACUGGAGAUCACCGUCGUCGUCGUCCUGUACAAAUCAUCAGGAAAACCAAGAUAGCCAAGAACGUUGCUCACUAUGUUCCUAUCAAGGAUACGUUGGCGCUCAUCAUGCAAAACCAACGUGCAAGAGAGAUGGUUUCAAAUGAAAAAUCUGAGGAAGGAUUUCUGCGUGGAUUCAAAGAUGGUUCUCGGUUCCAGCACCAUCCAUUUCUCAAAGCCCAUCCCAAUGCUUUGAGGCUUUCUUUACAUCUUGAUGAUGUUGAGCAUCAGAAUCCUUUAGGGUCUCUACACAAAAUCAACGAUACAUCGUUGAUGCUUCUAGAAUACAAUGAUUUGAUUGACAUCGGCAUCGCAGAGAAAGGACCUCGAAUUGUGAUCCUGAAGAUAAUUGAAAACCUGAAAGCUUUCAGCCACGGCCAAGAAGAGAAUGAACCACCACAAUCAACAAAACAGAUUUGUCGAGAAUUGUUUGAAGCGGAUAAAAAGUUCAGUCUGAAUGUAUUGCUACCGGUGCUGGAUCAAGGAAACGUACCUGACAAAAAUGAUCUCAACUUCCUUACAAGGAUAGCAUGUCAAUUUCACGUAAAAAGGAUCCAAGACGGUCAAAAAUAUCCAUCUACAGACGAGCAAGAGAAAUUGUCAAACGACAUUGUUGAGCUAUUCCCACAGCUUCAAUGUACUAAUGAAAGGCCUCAAGGAGCUCCUGAUGCAUGGAUUUUUUUCUGGCGAAAUAAUGGAUUGGAAAAAGGGAAACACAGCGGUCUGGUAUACCACCGUAUUCGAAACUGCAUUAAAAUGCUACCAUCAGACAUGCACAAGUAUAAGCGAUCAGUAACUAAUACUGUCGAGGCAUUUAUUCCAACCGAGCUUUUGAAUAAAGCUGAAAUCCUGCGUACAGUAGAACCAACAAAAUCCGAGAAAAAGAGAAUUUGUGCUGAAAUGGAGAAGUGCUUCCCAUUAUUAAAGCUCAUGCUCAAUGAGAAAAAAAGCAUUACUGAAAUAAUACAAAUGUUCCCGCAUCUUCAAGCCUACAAUGGAUAUGUGAUUCAUAAAUCGUUCAAGCUGCUCUUUCCGUCAUCGGAGGUUAACACGGACUAUCAGGGAGUUUUAUCUAAAUGCCUGCUGUAUUCAACUAACAAGUUCACGCAAGUUGAGGAUGAAUACAUCAGAGGUUUCCUACGGAUGCUCCAUAAAAUGCCGGUACGUGGACAACGUAGAAAGGUGGAUGGGGCAUUAGCGAUCUCCGAAGAGCAGUUGGCGUCACCAUUCAUUCAGUGGAUAAAACCCAUAAACAACGCCAACGCUGAUCUUAUCGAGCAUAUGUCGUCACUUAUCCAGGAUCAACCGCACAUUGCAUGCAUUUCAGAACCAUAUAAAAUUGGACCGCUAUUUGUGAGCCUAAAUCGACACGUUUUUAUUGAAGUCCCGAACGCUAUUCACGCAAUCGAUAUUUUUUUCAAGGUGUUCAAAGUUUUUGGACUCCGUGUGCCCACUCAGCUUGCCAUGAUAAUGGAUUUUUUUGAAUGCGUCCUGUAUAAAACUUUGAGUCAUAGCUCAAGAUCGUCGGUUAACUGCCUUGUCGCAGCAUUCAAAGAAGCUGCACAUGCUGAAGAUGCUGAUAACAUUUAA